CACCAGCUACGACCUCCGAGUUAGGCGCCACAGCAGCAUCAUCUUCGAGCACUAUUCAACUGCAGAUAUUUCCCUUCCUUCCUUCCUUCACUUGCAAACCAAACCAAACCAAGCACCCGCUGCUGCUUCCUUUCCCGUGGCAUUUAAAAGCGCCCCUCGCCCGCUCCUCCACCCCACACCGUCAACCCUGCCCCGCCUCCGACCCCAGACCAAACGCGGCAGCUCCACCGACAGCAACCCUUCCCAAGAUGCAGCGGCAGCUCAACCUCUCGCCGGCGCCGAAGCAGCAGCAGCACGACGACGGCGACGGCGGCGACGCGGUGGAGGCGGUGCCGCUGUGGGUGCCCGAGCAGUCCGCGGAGGCCAAGGCCGACAAGGCGCCCGGCGGCCGCCCGGAGAGGUCCAUCCACCUCAUCCCGCUGCUCACCUUCCUCUGCUUCCUCCUCCUCUUCCUCUGCUCCCACGCCCCUUCCUCCUCCGAUAUGUCGAGCUUCGGCGGUGGCGGCGGCGGCGCCGGCGGACGGAAGGCUGGCAACCGGAGGCUGAUGAUGCUAUAAGCUUCUCGCAUCAGCUAGUAUACCAGACCUUAAAUUUUUGUGGCUCCUUCCUUUGCCAGUUUCAAUCCAACAGCGCGAUGUAAUUUGCACUCAGCUAUGCAGCUGCGUAUACUGUACUUGUGCAGCAGCAGUAAUGAAAUCUUGAAUUGUA